UUCCCACGGUGUAUUUUAACUACUACAACUACCUUAGCAGCAUUAGAUCUUCUUCUCUUGAUUAGACAAAUAGAAACUACUGUGUGUACGCGAAAAUAAACCAAUGACAAUUGACAACUGAUUUAUUUUAAUAGCAUCUGAAGUGUUUUGUGAUAUUCAAUGACAGCAAAGCAGUAAAGUUACUGUGUUCAACCCUUAACUGUACAAAAGAGAUCGAUAUAUCUACGUACCAACCCAAUUUUCUAAGAAAAAUAAUUCGGCCAAAGCAGUUCGUUUUCAACUAUUUCGGAAAAAAUAAUCCAGUUUAAUUAAUAUGGUACACAAAAAUUAUUUGGUUAUAACCUAUAUGGGAUCAUUCAAGGAAAAUAUUUUUGUGACAGUGUAAAAAAUAGCGAUAUGCUAUAUUCAAUCUACAUGAAAAAAAACCCACUUUUUCCCAAAUUACAACGAAAAUCAUCUGCAGGCAGAGAAGACUGUUUAUGUUGAUGUGGGUGCCAGUUGACUGAAGAAGAAUUAUUGCUUCUUUUAUUGCAAGUAUUUUUGCAGUUGAAAGAAAAGAAGUUGUUGUAUCUGGUUAAAUUUCUGAAUUGUAUUCAGUGGAAACAGUACUAACUCGGGUCAGAUGAUGCCUAGCGAAGGUCCACCGAGUACUCCUUCAUCUAAAUCAAAAGAAAAAAAUAUACCUAGGACAAAGGUCGUCGUGGCCUUAUAUAAUUAUAAAGCAAUAGAAAGUGGUGAUUUAUCAUUAGAAAAGAAUCAAUCCUAUGAUGUAAUCGAUGAUUCGCAAGAGCAUUGGUGGAAAGUUAAAGAUUCAAAAGGAAACAUUGGAUACAUUCCUAGUAACUAUGUUAAAGAAAAAGAAUCUCUUGGACUUCAACAGUAUGAUUGGUAUGUUAAUGAUAUGUCUAGACAGAGAGCAGAAUCGCUGCUAAAACACGAAGAUAAAGAAGGAUGUUUUGUGGUUAGAAACUCUUCAACAAAAGGACUCUAUACUCUAUCUUUAUAUACCAAAAUACCUCAUCCGCACGUAAAACACUACCACAUCAAAGUGAAUGCUAGAGGUGAAUACUUCCUCUCUGAAAAACAUUGUUGUAGUUCUAUACCGGAUUUGAUCAACUAUCAUAAGCAUAACAGUGGUGGGCUAGCAUCGAGAUUGAAGACGAGCCCUUGUGAUAGACCUGCCCCAGCCACAGCAGGACUUAGUCAUGACAAAUGGGAAAUUGACCCCAAUGAACUAAUGCUAUUAGAGGAACUUGGAUCUGGACAAUUUGGAGUUGUAAGGAGAGGGAAAUGGAGGGGCUCCAUUGAUGUAGCUGUGAAAAUGAUGAAAGAAGGUACUAUGUCUGAAGAUGAUUUUAUAGAAGAAGCUAAAGUUAUGACAAAAUUACAACACACCAAUUUAGUACAACUAUACGGCGUUUGCAGUAAGGAUAGACCUAUUUUUAUUGUGACAGAAUACAUGAGGUACGGCUCCCUUUUAAAUCACCUAAGAAGGCAUGAACAAUCACUUAGUAACAAUCAGGGUUUGCUUCUUGAUAUGUGUAUUCAGGUGUGUAAAGGUAUGGCUUACUUGGAAAGGCAUAACUACAUUCACCGAGAUUUGGCAGCUAGAAACUGCUUAGUGGGCAUUGAGAAUACAGUAAAGGUAGCAGAUUUCGGAUUGGCAAGAUACGUUUUAGAUGAUCAGUAUACUUCUUCAGGUGGAUCGAAAUUUCCUAUUAAAUGGGCCCCUCCGGAGGUACUCAAUUAUACGAGAUUUUCUUCUAAAUCAGAUGUUUGGGCUUACGGCGUUUUAAUGUGGGAGGUAUUUACUUGUGGUAAAAUGCCUUAUGGUAGAUUAAAAAACACAGAAGUGGUCGAAAGAGUGCAAAAAUGCAUAAUUUUAGAAAAACCAAAAGCUUGUUACAAAGAUGUGUAUGAUGUAAUGAGAAAAUGUUGGGCGCCACUUCCCGAAAACCGACCAUCUUUCAAAGUGUUAAAAGAAACAUUAAUCAACGUCUCCCAAGGUCUUUUAGUCGAUUGACUGGCCAAGUUAGUUUGCGAAUGUGUCUCGCAUAGUCCUUCCUCAUCUUCCGGUGUAUCUACGAGCGAUUACGAACAGACGUGGAUCAACGUUUGCCAGACACUAUGCCGCGAGGCAAAAAAGAGCAAAGUUAAAAAAUUAUGAAUAUGUUCUUUUAUAUAUACAUUUAACUGUAUUUCUGUAUGUGGGAAGCAAAAAUGGGGAGUUUAAGUGAUGUAGUUAGCUUCUAAUGUAUAGUCUUUAGGCGGAAACUGUUGAUGAUAGUAUUGAUUGACAAGUUUUCGCCAAAUGGAUGUUUAGAGUUGGAAUUUAGUAAUCUGUUCUAAUUAAUAAGUCAACUAAAAUAUUCGUUAUUAGCUUUUUGGUAUUAAUUUAAUGGGAUCUCGUUAUUUUGUUUUAUUAUGUAAGAUCCUGUCGAUUGAAAGAUACAAGAAUUGCGCUAAUGUAAUAGUGAUAAUGUUCAUGUGUUAUAGAGUUUUACUGUCAGAUGUUCCUUAUCUAUUUUUUUCUUAGACAAGGAAUUUAUCUCAUAAUUUCUCAGUUACUGACACCCUCAAAUUAUAUUUUUGUUCCGGAAGAACUGUUUUUAAAAAAAUUUUAUUCACACAAACACAUUACAAUUUUACAAAUAUUGAAUGAAUUUAAUUAAUAUAAAGAAUUGAAUUAACAAAACUCAUUAAAUUGUAUUUUGCAACUUAUAUACAAUUUAUUUUC